AGAAGCUGGGCGGGUAAUACAAGAGAAAUGAGUAAGAGAGGGAAGCAGAAAAGAUAAGAAUCAGUUCAUGUGAGAGUAUGAAAUAGUAAAAACAGACUCAUGGCGAGCUGCAGGAAGAGUCAACGGUGAUAUCUGCAGAAAAAGCAAAUGCUAAAAUAAGAAACAUACAGAAACAGAGGGACCCACUACAUUAUGGGAGUGUGGUUAUCCGGGACGCUAAGAUGGGGGGGCAUCUUCCUCCUACUGGUGCUGUGGUAUGGUCUAUCCUGCGGUGAAAGGGAAGAAAUAAAUGUUACUUCUGAGCUCCUUCGCAAUGUAUCAAACCUGAUCCAGAACAAUGAAGAAAACGAAGAUAAUCCGCUGUGUUUUACAAUGAACUUGAAUGGACUCUUCUGCUUCUGGGAAAGCAGUAUACAAAAUGCAUCAUACAACUUUACCUACACAAUAGAAAACCCAACAGAAUGUAAGUUACGUACAGAAGUGGCCUCUGGUGACACCUGGUGGUACAUCUGUGAAUUUCCAGUCUCUGAUCGAGUCUGUUUCACACCCAUAAAUGUCCUAGUGUUCAACAACAGUGAUAUAUUGUACCAGAAGACCUUCUUUAUGAAUGAAAUAGUAUUAAAUGACCCCCCCACAAAUCUGACCGUGGAAGAAACGCAAAGGCCAUGGAAUCUACGGUUAAGCUGGGAUGUUCUGGAUAAAUCUGAAAACGUGCAUGAGGUCAGCUACUCUACAGAAGAAUCUGGCAUAGAAAAGUACGCACGUGUGGACAGAAAGAAGACGGAAUUUCUCCUCACAAAGCUCAGACCAUUCACUCAGUAUACAUUCAGAGUAAGAACCAAAGCAGACUAUGUCUAUAAAGGCUACUGGAGUGACUGGAGCAAACCCAUCACCCGAGAGACAACAAAUGAUAUGGAUGCAUUCUACAUUCCACUGAUUAUCAUUGCCGUUGUGCUCCCAAUCCUAGCAAUAUUGAUAGCAGUUAUGUUGUGGCGGGGCAAGUUACUAAAACAUAAGUUUUGGCCAGAGGUGCCCACACCAGAUAGUCUCUUUCAGGGACUCUUUACAACACAUAAAGGAAAUUUUAAGCUGUGGCUUGGCCAGGCUGACUCCUACCUAGUAUGGGUAUCCAGGCACCUCAUGCAAGAGGAUCCCUCUGCUUCUCUUGAAAUCAUGUCUGAAAUCUUGCCUACCCCUACGUUGCCUUGCUCUCCUACUCAACUGGCUUUAAAGGAUAACUAUGUGGCUCUAGAUAAGAAUCUCAUUCCCCACUUCCCAGCAUGGGCUGAGUUUCCAAGAAAUGAUGUACCAAGGACUAUAAAUUGUUCAGAGGAUUCUAGGUGGGAAAAGGCUCCAAUGGUGGAACCCAUGCAAGAAGGAUUUACCUGUGUGGAGGGUUCAGGGACAGAGGCCAGCCUUGAGGAGAUCCUAACAGCUCAAAAUGAUUUUGAAGGGUCCUCAGUGAGCGAGCCAAUGCGGAUAAGAAUUUUAAGAGAUGAAUCCUUGAGUUCAGAUGAAGGAAGGCACAGUUUAGCCUCCAGCUUUGAGUACACUGUUGUGGAAACCUGCGAUGGACUUCUUUCCACAAAACCACGCCCCAUUCUCCCUCGAAUCCCUCUGAAUUACAGCUACUGCCUAAUGUCUGACUCUAAAAAACAAAUUCUCCCAACUUCCCAUAAUUACCAAAACAGCCCUUGUACCCAUCCUUCACAACCAAUAUACUCACAUUGCUGACAAGGUGAUGGGUAAAGAAAACAAAUACACCACAAACAAAGACAGGACAACUGACUGUCAGAAAGUCAAAGAGAGCAGUAGACAACAAGGAACGGUGGGAAGGAAUGGUUAAUACCAGUACAUCAUGUAUAGAUUGAUGCAGUAUUGAGUUGCCACGUCUCAAUAUCACAUCAAAAGAGUAUAACAGUCACCACAUUUCCUUUGUUUUUGUCCGAAAAUGGGUCCAAAGAACACAGUGAAAAGUAUUUUCACUGUGUUCCUUGGACCCAUUUUGCAACAAAAAUAAAAGGUCCCAUUCUGAGGAAAUUUGGUGGCUGGUUAUAUUUUUUUGAUAUGACAUUCCACUUUGAAAAUCAUGAGUUGAAGGAGGACAGAAUUAAUUGAUUCAUUUUCUUACUGUUAAAUCAGUUUUAAUUCUUUGUCUACAAGACGGAUGUGAAAUGCAUGAACAUUUGGAAACUAGAUCUUCAGAUUGAACUCUAAAUAUAUGUGAAGUUUUGAGAUAUUUGGGUUGUACAUAAAAGAACAUUUUUAUACUGCACAAGCUGCAAACUGCCAUGUACAUAAGUGUGUAUAUUUAUGAAUAUUAAAUGUGGUAUUUUUUUUUUUUUAUGUCAGAACUUCUGGUUAAAGGCAACUAUACAAACUGUAAUCUAGCAAACAUAUGUAAAAAUGUAUGUCGUUACCAUAAUAUUGUAGAGUUAUUUUGCAGCUUUGGUUAGUUAGUAGCUUUGGUUUACAUCUAAGGGCUAGAUCACAUACCAGCUUUUAACUUUAAAGUGAUUGUAAAGUUUAAUGAAUAAAUGCCCGGUAUCUAAAAAUACUCUUAAAAACAUUUCAUUUAUGAAACUUUACACAGACGCUUAUUUUUUUAAAUACUUAGCUUUGCGUUAUGGCUAAACAUAAUGCCGAUGCUCCGCCCACAUCUCCUGCUUUAGCAGAUUGAUGGCGAAUCUGACUUCCUCCAAUCAGUGUGUGCCUCCCUUUGGUGUCCAGCUUGUAGGGCACGCAACAAUUGGAGGAAGCCGGAUCGUCAUCGAUCUGCUAAUAAAAGCAGGCGCUGCAGGCGGAGGGUCUUUGUAAAGUUUAAUGAGAUUAUUUUUAGAUACCGGGCACUUAUUUAUUAAACUUUACAAUCACUUUAAGGUUUAUUGAAGUCAAGAACUAAACUCUAAUAAUUAACUCAAAAUUAAAAAAAACAUUUGAUGGUUUAGAUAUAGCAUCUAAUUUUAAACAACUUUCCAAUUCACGUCUUUCAUCAAAUUUGCUUUGUACUCUUGGUAUCCUUUGUUGAAUAGAAUACCUAAGUAGGCUCAGGAACACCAAUGCAUUACUGGAAGAUGUAGGUGAUUGGUGGCUAUAUGCAUAUAUGUCUCUUCUCAUAUAUAAAAUAUAUUUUCAGAUAUGUUCAGCUAGCUCCCAGUAAUACACUGCUGCGUUAGAACAGACUAACUAAAAAUCUUAUGCAGCGGUAAACACAUAGUUCUUUGAAAACAAUAGUGCAAAAAAAAAAAUACUAAAAGAGAGGAAGUAAAUGUAAUAAAAGAAGCUAUUUUGAUUUUUUUUAUUUAACACAUUCUGAAUUGAGGAAAUUUAAUUUUGACAUCUGUCACUUUAAAUGGUUUCAACAAGAAAAAUCUUCACCGACUUUAAAAAAGAUUUUUGUUGUAACUACCAGGUAUUAAAAAGGUACAGUAUACACCUUGGUAUUUCUAUAUAAAAUGUUUAGUUAGGUGUAAAAUAAGAAUUUUGCUAUUAUUUAUUUUGCCCCUUUUCAUGUAAUUUAGCUAUUAAAAGCACCCUGCUGACCGCUCAAGUUUAACUCUGCUACAUAUCUGUCCCUAAACAGAAACUAGUGCAAUCAAUUAAACAGUGAAUUACUAUAAUCUAAAUAAACCAACAACAAAAGUGAAAACACAAUGUGCACAAAUGUGUUAAUUAGCAAUAUAGUCUUAGUGUCGUUAACCUUCAAUAGGGAAUAAAGUUUUCUCUUCAAAACUGUUCUUCCUCCAGAAUUACCUCAAAGAAAUCAUGAAUUGAUAGUGAAGUUCUGUCAUCAACAGGGUAUAACACAUGAAAGAACGUUACUCGCACUUUACAGAGCUAUAACAAAGCUCCUAGUAUAUGUGCAUGUUACAUCCACCACUGUAACUUUAAGCAGGAAAUAAAUGAAGGAUCUGGUUAAAAAAAGAUUUUCUAAAAAUCAUUAAAAUGUAGGACAUGUUUUAAUAAGUAUUUUUAACCGGAUCCUUUUGUUUGAUUCCUGUUUGAAGUUACAGGGGGUACCCAUGUGCAUAUACUAGGAGCUUAGUUAAAGCUCCACAGAGUGCAACAUUCUUUCCUGCGUUAUUCCCUGUUGUUAACAGAACUUCACUGUCAAUUCUCCAUUUCUUUGAGGUCAAUCUGGAGGAAGGACAAUCUUAAAGGGACAGUAUACACUCAUUUUCAUAUAACUGCAUGUAAUAGACACUACUAUAAAGAAUAAGAUGCACAGAUACUGAUAUAAAAAUCCAGUAUAAAACUGUUUAAAAACUUACUUAGAAGCUGUCAGUUUAGCUCUGUUGAAAAGGUAGCUGGAAAGCCCAGUGCAAGUGGGAAAUAAGACACCCCCCUCCCCCUUCUUUUGCAUAUGAAAAGACCCUUUACACAAACAGGAGCAAGCUGGAGAAGGUAGCUGACAGUAUUCACAUAAAACUUUGGGGCUUGGUUAGGAGUCUGAAAAUCAGAGCAAUGUUAUUUAAAAAUAAAUAAAACUAUGCAUUUAUUUAAAAAAAAAACUUUAUGGGCUAUAUAAAUAGAUCAUCUACAAAACAUUUAUGCAGAUAAAAAAUGAGUGUAUAAUGUCCCUUUAAAGAGAAAACGUUCCCCGUUAAGGGUUAGCACAAGGACUGUAUCCUUUAUUAACAUACCUGACCCUAAUUGGCUUUAACUUCAUAACAACUGCAACACAAUGCAUUUUAUACUCAUGGGCGGAACUACCAUUGGUGCAGCGGCACCUGGGCCUAAGUGCUGGGGGGGCCAUAGCAGCCAGUCUAUACAUAGGAAUGUGCCUAUGUGGUAAUUAUCUGUGUACUGAUACUCAUCAUUAUACUGCACAGCAUACUCAUCAGUGUAAAGAUACACAAUACUAAAAAUCAUUAUACGGAGAAGAAUGUAUAUUAUUAUUGUGUACUGAGUUACUCUUGAGAGGCCCAAAAAUAUUUUAGCAGCAGGGCCCUCUGUUAAAGGGACAGUACACUGUAAAAUUGUUUAUCCAUUAAUGUAUUUUAAAUAACUUGUUAUACCAACUGCAGAGUAUAAAAUAUUUGAGAAAUUGCAUUUUCAUGCUUAUUUGUGUAUAUAAAGUAGCUGAUUUUGUGCUUUGAAACCACAGCCUAUUACAAUGGGUUUAACGUAAAGGUGAUAUCAGAUCUCAUUAUGUUCUAAGUUUGUGUAAACAGACUUGCUUCCUUAUCUUUUAUUUGUCUGGAACACCAAAGCUCAAUACAUAGAGAGAACAAUGGAAAAUUAUCAUUUUAUUACUUAACUAUCCUGCAUCCCACUAAGAGUGUAAUCUCUUCUGCUGGCUGUGUAUACUUAGGCUAUUCAAUAGCCUAUACUCCAGUAUUAAUUUGUUCAGUGUACAUGGCGAUACCACAGGCUAAAUCAGCUAUUUCAUAUGCUGAAAUAGGAGUAAAGGAGCUACUUGUAACCAAUUUAAUACACUCUAGCAGGUUAAAAGGAUCAUUGGGAAUAAUUUAAAGGGGAGACAUUUUUUAGGUGAACUGUCCCUUUAAGUAGGUUCGCUACUGUUUGUAGACUUGUUGUCUUUGGACUGUGGAGUUUAGUUAUUGAAAUAUAAUUGCAGUAAAAUGUAUAUUUGUUAAAAAAAAACCAUUAAGACUUGGGUGAUAAGUUAUUCUGUACCAGUGAUGGUUAACCUGGGAUGUUUCAAAACUACAUUUCCCAUGAUGCUCAACUAGACUGCAGUGCCUAAGCAUAAUGGGAAAUGAAGUUUCAAAACAUCUGGGGUGUCAUGGAUAGCCAUCACUGUUCUAUACCAACACAAUAUAUGCGUCUUGUAAUUACAAGGUGUUUACUGUCCCUUUAAUAAACUGGAAUGUGAUCUGGUCCUAUAUAAAUUUUGUGUCACACCAUCUAAAUAACAACAAUUACAAGAGCCAUAUAAAGUUACUGCUCAUCGCUCUGCAUUGCUUUUGUGCAACUUUGUCAGUUGUAAAUAUGAAUUUGCAGCAUGAUAUGGGAGCUUAGUUCUCAGAUCAUGCAAAGCCUAGCAGCGUUGUCAUUUUAUUAAAAUAAAGAAUUAGCUAACUCUGUGUUAUCGUUUAAACUAUAAAAUAUCUCACAUUUAACUAUUGAUUUUCUAAAUCAGUCUAUCUAUAGCUUUGUUUCAUCAACAUGCUUUUUGCUAUCUGUAUAUCUAUAUUUUAAACCUAAAACUUAUUGUGAAACAUUUGGGGAAAAAAAAUGUGUUUUUAUACAUUGUGCUUCAAUAAAAUAUAUUUUUAUUA